UUGACAAAUGAAGUUAGGUUAUGUAAAUUUUUAAAACAAAUUUGUCAUAAUAAAGUACGAAAAAAGACCCAAUAAAAAUAUUAAGUAAUAUAAUGACGCAGAACUAAACAAGGAGUGAUUAUUUGAGUAGAUUUGUUGUAAUUGUUAUAAACUACUAUACAAAAUGUUUCGUCAGUUUUUAAGGGCUCUGGAACCAGUUAGAAAUAGUUUGUCCCGAAGUGUAGUGGGCAACGGAGCAGGAGCGACCGGCAGCAAGUUUGAACAGAACUGCGUAUCUAAGGAGCAACAGCUCACUGAGGCCCUGAAAAAGUCGCUGCCAGGGACCACUUAUGUGAGCGUGGAGGACAUUUCAGGCGGCUGCGGGGCUAUGUUCGAGAUCAGUAUAGAGGCUAAAGAGUUUGCUGGACUGUCCCGAGUCAAGCAACACAGGCUGGUAACAGACUCCCUUAAAGAAGAAAUUGCUGGGAUGCAUGGAAUCCGCAUCCAUACUAACCCCACUCCUGAGAGCAAUUGAUUUAUGUAUACUGUUUAAUACCAAUGCAAAGGAUAAUAUGGUGUAAACUCGAUAUAGCAACACUCAAUAGACCGGUUUUAACACUAGCAAGUUCUCAUUAUAUAUAGAGAAAUUAAUACUAAAGUAAACCAACCCACAAAUGUUGACUUAAUAGGGAGUGAAUCAUUAUAUCAAGUUAUGUUAUAUGGAGUUUACACUGUAUGUGCAAAUGUUAAAUUUGUGAAAAAACAAGACAAAGAAGCUGGAAUAGCUAUGAGUACUUUCUAAUUCUAUUAAAUGCCUAUUAACCUUAAAGACAGCAACAGACAUACAGCCCAAUAUCAACCCUUGCACAUCCUGACUAAAUUCACAAAGUUGCACAAUGUACAAUAGCAUUUUAUAGAUUAAUUCCAGCUUCUAUACUCAAGUCUGUCUAGAUUAAAAAAAUAUAUAUAUUAAAUAAUCUACACAUGCCAUGUAUGGUUACCCAAAAAUAGGGUUGCCAUAAUUAUUCAGAACGGAUACGGGACAAUGAGCUAAUGCCGUUAACAUUUCCAUAGCUUUAACUAACAAAGUUAUACUCACAUGAGGUUAUACAGAUGAUUGCAACCAUUUACAUACAUAUUCUAUAGGGGAUGAAAAUGGGACGGGUAAAAAUAAGGGACGCGAUACUUAAAUACAGUGACGGUCCCGUAUUUACGUGACGUGUGGCAACCCUACCCAUAAACCCUUUUCCAGGCAUAGCAAAGUGUAGGCAUAAUAUAAUUUCUCGACCACAUAUGCGCCAAAUGGAUUAUCAACCUUAAUUUCAUUUAAGGUAAAAAAUUGUUAGGACUUUCGGGAUACAUGACUUGUCGUGAAAUGAAGCAUCAAAUCUGGAUUCAUUUGAAUAUAAACACAUAACAACAUUAAACAUUUUAUGGUAAACCUUGUAGAUUGGUGGAAAAUGGUUAGAAGCUGUUUGAGUAUUUAUGAAUCUAUUUGAAUUAUUAAAUAUUAAAAAACAAUGUUAAAAGUAAAAAAUUAAUGUUUCUGUUAGGUAUUUAUCACUUUGAUGAAACUUAUGUUUGUUAUAUUAUUUUGGUACCUUUUUAUUAAUGAAUAGUGAACUAAACAGGGCUAUAACCGUGAAAAUCGAAGUUCGUCAAUUGCGGGCAUUUUUCUCUGUCACUCUAAUGUCGUCUUAGUAAGAGUAAAAGAGAAAGAUCCCGCAAUUUGCGAAUUUCGGUUUUCGCGGUAGGCCCCCAGAAUUUAUUGUAAAUGUAGAUAACAAAGUAAUAUAGUAACUAUAUUUUGUUGUUUGAUUGUUAGUUUCUUACUGGUUUUACCAGAUAUGCUGUGCUUAGGUUUACGUAGUUAUUUGACAUUAAAAAAAUUGGAAAAGGUAAAUAAAA